CUACCACCAAUACCCUCCUUUUCCAGAAUAUCCCUGUGGUUCUGUUCUUUCUUCCUGAAUCGUCAUUGUCAUUUGGAAGUUCCAAGGCAAGAUGGCCGAUACCGUCACCACCAGCAUUCCACCAAGGACCCCGACGGAGAAGCCUCCUCAGGAAACCAUCUCAUCCCUUGAGACACUCAAUUCGGACGAAGCAGAUAGGAUUCGCUCCGAGGCUCUAGCGACUGACGCGUCUAAGCUCGAGCAUGGAUACUUCCUCAAGCCCAGAAUCGUGGGAACUUUCGCCGGGACUAGCAUAAUCGUUGUUGCAACAUAUUUCCAAUUCCAAGCCCUCGCUGCUGUCAUUACCUCCACGGUCAACAAAGACAUCGGACCCAGUGCCAAUGUGGCCCUGGUCAGCACAGUAUGGACUGUUUCCCAGCCCAUUGCACUUCUACUUUUCGGUCGGCUGAGUGAUCGCUUUGGACGCCGAAACUUUGCUUUGGGAUCAUGUGUGCUCGCAAUUAUCGGUGGCAUAGUUGCCGCUACUGCCCAGUCAGUUGAGACGUUGAUCGGGGCUGAAGUACUCAUGGGCAUUGCAUCUGGAGUGCCAGCAUCGUAUCCGCUGUUGGUUGGCGAGCUUUUGAGCAACAAGUACAAGUAUGUUGGUACUGCACUCAUCGUCGUACCCAACGUUAUCGCGACCGGAUUUGGUGCAUAUAUCGGUCUGGCGCUCGUUCAGGUGGCCAACUGGAGGUGGAUCUUCUAUAUCUACAUCAUCAUGAUGGUCCCUGGUACCGUCUUAUGGUUUCUAUACUACCACCCACCGUCUUACAUUCAGCUACACGGAAAGAAGUCGAGUAAGGUCGCUGAACUCAAGAAGGUCGACUGGCUCGGUGUACUUCUUCUCGUUGCUGGUCUUGCUCUAUUCUUAGUCGGCAUCUCAUGGGGCGGCCCAGCUCAGCCAUGGACGUCUCCGAAGAUUUUGGGUCUGUUGAUCUCAGGUGCUGUCGCUACUGUCUCCUUCAUCCUUUACGAGGUCUUCCUCACACCCCAACAACCGAUUAUUCCGAUGCGCUUCUUUCGCGAUUUUCGCGGGUUCACCUGCCUGGAAAUCAUCUCUGCGACCUAUGGCGUUAUCAAUAUUGCGCUUUUCGUCAUGUGGCCACAGCAAGUUACUUAUAUUUUCGGGUCAACUGUUAGCACUUGGCAAGAGUCUGCGUGGCUCUCGACCACAGCUGCAUUUGGUCUAUGGGGCGGCAUUGUCGUUCUUGGCCCUUUGAUGUCCUGGAUUGGUCACAUUAGGUAUCAGAUCCUGGUCGCGUCUGUCUGGAUGACAGUGUUUCUUGGUGCAAUGGCUAGCAUAACCGUGGAAAAUAAGGCUCGGGCCAUUGCCUUCUCUUUCCUUGCCGGCUGGACCAUUGGAUGGGGCGAAGUCAUCGCGGCAAUCAUUGUGCAGUAUGUUGUCUCCGACCAGGACCUUGGUGUUGCGUUUUCUGUCAUAUCCGCUUCCCGCACUAUCUUUGGCUCAAUCUUCACGUCGGCCUUCAUUGCGGUAUAUACGAACAAGGUUCCAGGCUACCUAGCUUCUAUUGUCCCACAACGAGUUCUCGCUGCCGGCUUGCCGGAGUCCUCGUUGAAAGCUCUCAUGACAGCUGCAGCGGCCGCCAACCAGACCGCCCUUCGUGAGAUCCAAGGCAUGACGCCCGAGCUACUCCGCACUACGAACAUUGCCGUCAGCGAUGCCUAUUCCAAGUCAUACGCAUACGUGUAUUACUUCGCUGUCGCUAUCGGUGGUCUUGCUAUCAUCGCUUCUAUUUGUAUGCGCGAUUUUGACAAGUAUCUAACCGGACAUGUUUCAAGACAGCUAUAUCAUAAGAAGGAUACUGGCACGGACCCGUUGGAGUCCACUGAGCUAAAGGUUUAGGCAAUAUGGGGUAGCAAGGUGGGCUACAAGGCUAAAGCUUAGGCUUGUUGAGCUAUCGCGAAGUAGUCCUGGGGUGACGCAAAACAAUUUUUUAUAGCUUAGACCUCAUAUUUUGUCGCGAAUAAGAAGGUUUUAAUGAAGAAAUACUGCGU